CUCGCGUCCCUCCCACGGUCGCAGCGCUCGUGCGCACGGACUGUGCCUGCGCUCGCGCUCCCUCUCUCCUGCAUUCAAACAUGGCGAAACUCUUUGCCAGUAGACCCCCAUCACACUCCUCUCCAUCAUCAUCAUCAUCACCAACAACAACAUCACCUCCACCAUCCUCCUCCUCAUCACCAUCAUCAUCCUCUUCCUCACCACCGCCAUCAUCCCCGGCACCGUGAUGACCCGGGAGGAUGGAGAAGUUGUCGGCGAGCCUGUCGGAGAUCACCUGGAGCCCGUUGGCGCUGCCGUUGGACGCGGUGGUCAGCAAAUUCCGCCUGCCCACGCUGGUGCGCCUGGCCCACGGUGAAUGUGUGGAGGGCCUGUCGGAGGAGGAUGUGGUGCUGCUACACUCCUGUCGUCAGUGGACCACGGUGACGGCCCACAGCUUGGAGGAGGGACACUACGUCAUUGGACCCAAGAUAGACAUCCCGCUGCAAUACCAGGGCAAGUUCAAGUUGUUGGAUGAGGACCGGGACGUCAGGGAUCCGAUCCAGUAUUUCUCCAGUGUGGAGGAAGUCGCCGGAGUCUUUCCCGACCGGGUCUUCGUCAUGGAGACCAUCACCUUUAGUGUCAAGGUGGUGUCGGGGGAGUUCAGCGAGGACAGCGAGCCCUACAGCUUCACUCUGCAGGCUGGAGAUGAGCUGUCGCUCAUGGGGAAGGCGGAGCUCCUCUGUGCCACGCCCUCGAAGGAAAAGACGGGACUGAGCGCGCUCCUGCGGCGCCUGGGAAAGACCCCGAGAAGUAAAACCCCCUGCCUGGUCUGUAUGAACCAUCGCACCAAUCAGAGUGUCAGCCUGCCCUUCGGCUGCCGUGGCCGCUUUUGCACGCGCUCCCCGCUGGAGCAAGGCAUGCUGGGAGGGGAGCACACGGUGCGCAGCAUCAUCGAGCGCGUUCGCCUCCCCGUGAACGUGUCCGUGCCCUCGCGGCCGCCGCGCAACCCCUACGACCGCCACGCGGUGCGCGAGGGCCACCGCUACAAGCUGCUCAACAUCGUCAGCAAGACGGUGGUGCUGUGCAUGGUGCUCCGCCGGCUGGAGGUGUCCCCGUCCCACUUCCUGCUGCUGCGCUGCAUGCCCCGGUUCAACGUGGCCGAGGCCUCCGCUCACACCGCGGCGCUGGAGAGUCUCCUGCUGCGACACUCCUUCGACCCGGACGCCUACUCCCGCGCGGUGCGGGAAACCCGGCCGGAGCUGGAGUGUAUGACGGAGGAGUGUGUGAGCCCGCGGCGCUCCCGCAUGUGCGUGGCGGGCCAGGACUCGGUGGCGCCGGCGCUGCAGCGCCUCUCGAUGUGCGGGUACGGGGGAGGGGUUUCGGACGGCCUAUCGCAGCGCUGCAGGGACUCUUUCGGAGAGAGACUGGGGGAGGGGCCGGGGGAGGAGAGGGAGUAUGUGACCCCCGAGUGGACUGAGGCUGAAAUGAGGACCGGUGAGGAAAUCCCUUACGAGGAACUGUGGACCAAUCAGAGCGCAGAGGGCUUGGGGAAGGAACCAAACCUCAUCUCCUUCCAUUCCACGUCGUCAUUGGACGGCCCCGUCGGCACCGUGGUGACGAGAGUCUCCACCCCCCCACCUGUUCCUCCCAAAUCCGAUGCUGUGAGAGAGGAGUGUCGCUACUUGAUCGCCCCUCCGGUCCCCCCUCGCUGCUCCAAAGGGGGCUCCAUCUCCAGCCCGGUCCCCAGCCCGCCCGUCCCGCCCCGCUUCCCCAAAACCUCCACCUCCCCGAGGCCCAACCUCUCCUUCUACUCCUCUGGACUUCAGGACAGCUGCUCACCCUCUCCAGAUGCGUCCUUGUACUGCUACCCGUGCUCCUGGGCGGACUGUCCCGCCCCGAACCCCGCCAGUCCCGAGCCCGUCGCUGCAGACAACGCAGCCAACCCUCAGCCAGCGCAGGCCACCUGGGCGGAGCCGUGGGCGGAUUCCUUCGCCUCCUCAUCGGGCCCCCGCCUCCGACCGCCGCCUCCCCAGAGUCGAUUUGCCCCCUUUGGGGCGUUGAACCCCUUCAACCGCCAGUCGCCCUGCCCCUCGCCGGAGCCCGCCGCCCAUCCCGCGACAGAUUCCUCCAGAGGCGCGGAGGGAGGCGGGACGUCCACCGAGGGGCUCUCCCUGGCCCCCGACCCCACCUGGCGGCCUCCCGCGGACCUGUCCGCCCUGUCGCUGGAGGAGGUGUCGGCCUGCCUGCGGUUCAUCGGCCUUCCGGAGGCGGCGGUGGGCAUUUUCCAGAGGGAGCGGAUAGACGGCAGCCUCCUGGCGCAGCUGACCGAGGACAUCCUGUCGCAUGACUUCCACCUGAGCCGACUCCACGUCACCAAGAUCACACAGUUCAUACAGGGCUGGAGGCCUAAGAUUUAGCACACACACACACACACACACACACACACACACACACACACACACACACACACAGACACACACACACACACACACACACACACACACACACACAGUCUGUCCUGAUAAUGUGCCUGUUUGGCUGCUGAGCCUUCCUCAAUGUGCCUUCCACUGUGACCAGCCGGCUGCUGAGCCCCACUGACUGAAGCUGAAGGAGAACCACGCCACCACGUGGUCAAACUGUAAGACCGACACUCGAUUGGCUCUCAUGACAAAGAGAUCGACUCGGACGGACUCACUGAAUAUUUCCCGUCUGUAUCGCAGAACCUGGGACUGUAGUUUACUAACACAUGAGAGCCACGCGGCGAAAGUGCCCUGUUGGCAAAAACAGUCCACCACAAUGCGUCUUCAUGCUUCGGGACAGAAGAACGAUUUUUAAGCACAACUCACAUUUGUUUUGCCUUCACGCUAUUAAAGUCUUGAGAAAAGAUCCACAGCCCCGUAAAGGACGAUGUUGGGAGGAUUAAUAGUGUUGCAGUAGGAAUUAAAAACAGAUGUAACUGUUGUAGAUGUAAAGUUAUCAAAUAUUUAAAAAAUAAUUUAACAGAACAUCUUCCUUUUUCAAGUUCACUUUCUGAAGUAUGUUGGAGAU